ACCACUGUGCCACCAGGGAAGCCCCCAGAAAUGCUUUUCUUAAUAAGACACGAGCUUCAAAAAAAGAAAGAAAGCCAAAUUCAUAAAAAAGAAAUACUUCUGUGUGUUAAAAGACACCAUUGAUCAAGCCAUAUGUUUAGCAAUAGGUAAUACAGCAUAUUCAACAAGAAAAGGAUUAAUAGAUAUUAUGGAUGGAAUAUAAAAAUAGUUUAUACAAAUUGAAAAGUAGAAGACAAUUCAAUAACAAAACAGUUAAGUAAUAUAAACAAAUCAUCCUUAGAAAAAGGAAUACAAAUAACUAUAAACAUAUGAAAAGGUGUCCAGCACUUUGCAAUUCAAAUGAUAAUGAGACGACAGAUAAGCAAAAGUUAUAAAGAUUCAUCAUCUCAAGGACUGGCCAGCAUGGAGUCAAACUCCUAAUGAUGCUGGAAGGAUUAAUUGGUGAAGCCAUUUGAAGGGGCCAAUGUAGUCCUGUCUGCACAAUCAUAAAAUGUGCCCAGCAUUGGACCUAGCAAUUCAGCCUCUAGGAAGCAUCCAGAAGAAACACAUGCACGUGUUGACCCUGGUAAAAGGCCAAGAUUUAUAACAGGGGAAAACGGAAACUGCCCAGAUGACCAUCAAUACGAAAUUGGUUUAAAAAUAUUUCAGCGUACCCAUUUGGAGAGAUCUCACCGGCCACUCCUUCCCUCUCCCUCUGCUGGAUCCCAGCAGAGCUCAUGUUUCCAGAUGGUAGUCAGGGAAGGCAGUGACCAAAGCUUGAGGGUGGCCUGGGCACGUGUGGCAAUGCCACUGGCUAAGCCACCUGCUCCCUCUCCUCUGGUUCCCAGACUCAAGGGGGCCUCUCCUCCUUAGGACAUGAAUUUGGAAGACCCUGUGACCCUGCCCUGGGAACUGGACAGGUGGCAAAGUCUGCGGUGAUAAGGUGAUUGGGCUGUCGCUAUGGUGAUGGGGAUGGAGGCCUUUUGCCAUCAGCCCCAGUUUUCUGCAUGGCAGCUCUAAUGACAGGAUGGUCAGCCCUGCAGAGGCUGGAAGGUGUGAGCGCAGAGGCCUGUUCCUGGUUGCCAUGGCAGCGUGGGCCCUCGCAGGAGCGCAGAAAGCCCUGGCAGGAGAAUUCCCCACUCCAUACCUGGUCAGAGCAGGAAGUGUUGGGCCGUGACUGAGCCUCAGGGAAGCAGGUUGGGGUGUGAGAAAAGAACAGUCGCCCACAGCUUAAUUACUCAAAAGCUGUCCCCCAGCCACAGGAGGAAAGAAGACCUUUUCUGCUGAGUCUGUCUAGAGAACACCACGCCGUCACAGCUCAGCACAGCCCGGAGAGAAAGCUGACCAGUGCUGACCAGCUCUGGAGCCCGGCAAUGGCCCUGCCCCGAUGAUACCUGGCCUGACAAGGCCUCAGUGGGGAAGGGUCCCGACUAGGACCCAGAAGAGAAGGCUGGCAGGCUUGCUGGAGAACAAUGAAAAGGAGGAAACUCUGUGAUUGAACCUCAAGCCAGAAGCCAGCCAGAAGGUGGACCAUAUUCUACCAGACACUCAGGCCGGCCGUGACCCUUGGUUGGGAGAAGCCUGGGGAUAUUUCUGCCUUGGAAGCCCGUUGGGGAACACUGAGGGGUUCCAGCUCCCCCAGGCGGGCUGCGGUAUAAAUGCUGGAUGACAGAGCCAGGAUGGAGAUCGCCAAGAAGGAAAAGGUGGAACAGAUCCUGGCGGAGUUCCAGCUGCAGGACGAGGACUUGAAGAAGGUGAUGAGGCGGAUGCAGAAGGAGAUGGACCGAGGCCUGAGGCUGGAGACACACAAGGAGGCCAGUGUGAAGAUGCUGCCCACCUACGUGCGCUCAACCCCGGAAGGCUCAGUUUAUCCUGGGGUCCCCCAGAUGUCUGGCUUCGGGGGCCCCUCGUCCAGCUCUUCUGGUCCCCCCACCAUGCCUUCCCCUCCUCCUCUCCCAGUUUGGGGGCUCCUGCCCGGCGGUGCCCAUGAGACUGAUGUGCUUCUCUCUGUGGCUGCAGAAGUCGGGGAUUUCCUCUCCCUGGACCUGGGCGGCACCAACUUCAGGGUGAUGCUUGUGAAGGUGGGGGAAGGGGAGGAGGGACAGUGGAGUGUGAAAACCAAGCACCAGAUGUACUCCAUCCCCGAGGACGCCAUGACGGGCACUGCUGAGAUGCUCUUUGACUACAUCUCUGAGUGCAUCUCCGACUUCCUGGACAAGCAUCAGAUGAAGCACAAGAAGCUACCCUUGGGCUUCACCUUCUCCUUUCCUGUGAGGCACGAAGACAUCGACAAGGGCAUCCUUCUCAACUGGACCAAGGGCUUCAAGGCCUCAGGAGCAGAAGGGAACAACAUCGUGGGGCUCCUGCGAGAUGCCAUCAAACGGAGAGGGGACUUUGAGAUGGACGUGGUGGCGAUGGUGAACGACACUGUGGCCACGAUGAUCUCCUGCUACUAUGAAGACCGCCGGUGUGAGGUUGGCAUGAUUGUGGGCACGGGCUGCAACGCCUGCUACAUGGAGGAGAUGCAGAACGUGGAGCUGGUGGAAGGGGACGAGGGCCGCAUGUGUGUCAACACCGAGUGGGGUGCCUUCGGGGACUCGGGCGAGCUGGACGAGUUCCUGCUGGAGUACGACCGUGUGGUGGACGAGAACUCCCUGAACCCCGGCCAGCAGCUGUACGAGAAGCUUAUCGGCGGCAAGUACAUGGGCGAGCUGGUGCGGCUCGUGCUGCUGAAGCUUGUGGACGAGAACCUGCUCUUCCACGGGGAGGCCUCAGAGAAGCUGCGCACGCGCGGCGCCUUCGAGACACGCUUCGUGUCGCAGGUGGAGAGUGACUCGGGCGACCGCAAGCAGAUCUACAACAUCCUGAGCACGCUGGGGCUGAGGCCGUCGGCCACCGACUGCGACACGGUGCGCCGCGCCUGCGAGAGCGUGUCCACCCGCGCCGCGCGCAUGUGCGCCGCGGGGCUGGCGGGCGUCAUCAACCGCAUGCGCGAGAGCCGCAGCGAGGACGUGAUGCGCAUCACCGUGGGCGUGGACGGCUCAGUGUACAAGCUGCACCCCAGCUUCAAGGAGCGGUUCCACGCCAGCGUGCGCAGGCUGACGCCCAGCUGUGAAAUCACCUUCAUCGAGUCGGAGGAGGGCAGCGGCCGGGGUGCGGCCUUGAUCUCCGCGGUGGCCUGUAAGAAGGCCUGCAUGCUGGGCCAGUGAGAAUAAAGGCUGCAAGGCAAGGAGGAGGCUGUGGCCGCUUCUAGACCUGGGCUCCAGGGGACACACUUCCUACAGGUGCCCCCAACCUGGUCCAGUCAAGAGGCUUCUCCUUGUAAGGACCUUGGAUGCCUCCCAACCCCGCUGUCACCCCAGGAGAUGGGGAAAGCUUCUCUGGGGUUGCGGUGAGGCCCUGAGCAGGCCUCUUCUCUCAGGGUCAGUUGGUAGGAUAGCCCUAGGGCCCUGACUGGGUUGGGGGCUGAGAUGAACAGGAAUGGAGAACCCCCAAAGUACCUCACCUUUCUUGCUGCAAUCAGGGGCCCAGAAGGGAGUUAUUAACUCAGGAUUUUGUUGCAUUUCUGCACUGCUUGCCUCUUGGAGCUUUCAGCCUGGCUCAGCCCUUGCUCUGGGAAGGGGGUGCCCUCUGGACUCUACCAUGGCCUGGCUUCCCUGGGAACCCAGCCCACAUAGGGAGGCAGCCCUCAUGACCUGGCCAGACCUAGACCUGGGCUCCACAGGGGGCCCCGGGGAGCUGCAGAUCACCCAGGCCUGGGAAAUGAAAGGGACCAGCUCCAUGUUGGAGGCUGUGGGUACCCCGAGGCCUGGAGAUGGCAGCCUUUUCCCUCCCAUCCUGCCAUCCCUGAGUGGUUUCUGGUUCUGGGAUGGACCCUCACAGGAGAUGCAAGAGACAGAGUCCCCAAAGCCCCUGCCCAGAGGGGCCCAGGAAGAGGAGGAGUCCCCCUACCCACAGACAGGCCUGGGAGCAUCUCCGGGAUCGAGUCCUCGGCUCCCACGGCGCUGGGCACUCAGAAACCCCAGCAGCACUCAGCACACCCCCAAGGGACAACCCAGGCCUCUUUCUUCUCACCAGACCUCCAUGUACCACACCAACCUCUCCAUGCCCAACCUGGGACUGUGUGGGUUUUUUUAAUUAAAAGUUUAGAACAUGA